UCUCCAUUCAAUUUCCAUAGGAAGAAAAGAGAUAUCACACAGCGUGAGAGAUGACGACUUCUUCGGCCUCAUCAACGUCCAGUUUCCUCAUCACCGCCCUGAGGGCUAUUUCUGCUUCCAUAGUGGUGAUGAUGUUCUUUAGCACGAAUACGAACUAUCUCAGAGCCGAGGCUGCUCGGGCGUUCUUUGUCUUUGGGGACUCACUCGUGGACAGUGGCAACAACAACUACUUGGCUACUACCGCACGUGCUGAUUCCCCACCGUACGGGAUUGAUUACCCGACUCACCGUCCCACCGGCCGCUUCUCCAAUGGCUUGAAUCUCCCUGACAUUAUCAGUGAGGAGAUCGGGUCUGAAAGCACAUUGCCAUACUUGAAUCCCGAGCUUACCGGGGAGAAGCUGCUUGUUGGCGCCAACUUCGCCUCUGCUGGAAUCGGAGUCCUCAACGACACCGGAGUUCAAUUUGUGAGCAUAAUAAGGAUAUACCAGCAAUUCCAAUACUUCCAGCAGUACCAGUUGAGGCUGAGCGCCCUGAUCGGAGAGAAGGAGGCGCAGCGCCGGGUUAACGGGGCCCUCGUUCUGAUGACCCUCGGUGGCAACGACUUCGUGAACAACUACUUCAUUCCCCUCUCUCCCCGUCGCCGCCAGUUCUCCAUCUCCGCCUUCUCUGAGCUCGUCAUCACCGAGUACCGCAAGAUCCUGUUGCAACUGUAUGAUUUGGGAGCACGGAGAGUUCUGGUGACGGGGACGGGUCCACUAGGAUGCGUGCCGUCAGAGCUGGCCUCAUCGGGGAGCCGGAAUGGGGAAUGCGCGCCGGAGCCGCAACAAGCCGCUGCUAUAUUCAACCCAAUGCUGGUUCAGAUGCUUAAAGGGCUCAAUCAGGAGCUCGGCUCCGACGUCUUUGUCAUUGCCAAUGCCUUCCAAAUGAACAUGGACUUCCUCAAAAAUCCCCAACAAUUUGGUUUCAUAACAUCGAAGGUAGCCUGCUGUGGGCAAGGAGCCUACAAUGGGAUGGGAGUCUGCAAUGUCCUAUCGAACCUGUGCCCGGACCGAAACGUGUAUGCGUUCUGGGACCCGUUCCACCCGACUGAGCGUGCGACCCGACUCAUCGUUAAGCAGAUCAUGAGCGGGUCCACCGACUACAUGAGUCCCAUGAACCUCAGCACCAUCAUGGCCUUGGACUCUCGCGUCUAAAUAAAUAAAAAAUUUAUUUCCAUUUCGUUUUUUGCUUUUGUUUUGUUGUAAUUGAUUAGGCAAUGUGGUCGUAACUUUAUUAUGUUUGGAGAGUGUAAUUAGGUUAUGUUCCACUUGCUCUAAUUUGUAUUUCAAGAUUUUCUUCUUGUGCUCUUGGUGAAGACGUUAACUCGACUUUUAAUUUCACGAAAUAUGAAAGAGUCGUGAUUUCGGUGGCAA